GGAGGAACAUUCCCAUUUGUCUCAGGCUGUGUACCUGUCAAUCCUUUUUCAUUCAAGUGGCCGAUAGUUUACUGUCCAGGGGACCGACUUUUGGAACACAUUUAUAGAUCCAAGCGAAAAGCGUUUCUCGUGAGGCACGCAUGAUUACCCACAGUUACCUGCCGACGAGGUCAAGCAAGACUGUGAAUGCUCCGAAGACUUCAGUUAGACAUGCCAAUAAUGGAAACUCGACGAAGCCUACAGUUCUGUGAUUUCUAAAAGGCACAGUUGAUAUUCCCAGAGUCAUUCUAAAGCUGUGAUAGUUUUCCUAAGAAAAGUACUAAGGUGACCGGCCACAGAGACAAAAAGGUUAUCUUCCAAUCAGAACACUGUUACGGUGCAUACUGCGAUGUAUGUGACAAUGACUUCCUGGACGUCCCAGUUGACUUUAUUUGGUGUGUUGUUGUUGGUGGCGAUUGCUCAAAUGGAAGUCGUAAACAUGCAAAUGGAUCAACAGUCUAAGCUGCACGACAACGCGCGCAGGGAAUGUUUCGUGGCAAUCGCUAAGGAUCCCUACCCAACCGGAGGUAUAUACUGUAAUCGAACCUGGGACGGGGUGAUGUGUUGGCCGGACGCCCCAGCGGGCACUACCAGCAUCCAGCCCUGUGCCGACUAUAUCCAUGGGUUCGAUACAAGCAAAACCGUUACCCGGGUUUGUUUACCACACGGAGAAUGGAUGAUCAGUGAGCUAACCAACUCCAGCUGGUCAAACUACACGGCCUGUUUCGCCAGGCCGACACCUGAUGCCGAUGGUUUACCGAAACUAGCUGAGGGAGUAGCGAAACACCUGAAGAACAUUGUGCUCAUCCAGAACAUCGGCUACGGAGUGUCCUUAGUCUUCCUUGUCUUCGCUGUCGUCAUCAUGAUCUACUUCCGAAAGCUGCACUGUCAACGGAACACCAUCCACAUCAACCUGUUUAUAUCUUUCAUCCUCCGCUCCGCCAUCUCCUUCAUGACGAAAAACCUCCUUAUCGAGAACUUGGGCCUCCCGCAGGACGUAUAUUACACAGAGUCAGGUCAUAUUGUGUUUAGAGAAGAAGGCACGCACUGGGAAUGUAAGCUUCUGUUUACGGUGUUUCACUACAUCCUGGGGGCUAACUACAUGUGGGUGUUCGUGGAGGGUCUCUACCUCUACAUUCUCAUCUUUGUGGCCGUUUUCUCGGAGAAGCGAGCCUUUAAGUGGUACAUCUUCUUCGGCUGGGUUUCACCACUUGCGUUUGUCACACCUUGGGUUUUGGUCCGGAUUUUCCUUGAAGACACGUUAUGCUGGAAUACGCAUGAAGUGAGGGGAUACUACUGGAUAAUGAAAGGUCCUAUUGUCCUGUCUAUCCUAGUGAACUUUUUAUUUUUCUUAUUUAUUGUUCGAGCCUUGUUUACAAAGUUGAGGACGUCCAGUCGUUUGGAAUGUCGACGGUUCCGUUAUAGACGACUGGCCAAGUCUACCCUGGUCCUCAUCCCACUGUUUGGUGCCUAUUACAUCGUAUUUAUAUGUAUACCUGAUUAUUCUCACCAUGAACUAGAGCUGGCCAAACUCUACACAGAGUGUAUAUUAUCUUCCUUCCAGGGAUUUAUCGUUGCUCUUCUCUUUUGCUUCCUAAAUGGAGAGGUUCAAGCUGAAAUUCGAAAAAAGUGGGGCAUCGGCAUUUUGCCGGGACGCAGUAACUCCGGGAGAUCCGGAACCAUGUCAACUGUAGCGCGUGGCUCCACAGUGAUUUCAACAGGUCACGAGGAGGGUCAUCAUCAGCCGAAAAGACCGGCAGGGGGAGCUGAUGACUUAGCACAGUUCGAAACCAUGGAAAUGAUGCCUCCACCCUCGAACGGACAUGCGCGGAAGGGCGAUGCAGACGUUGACACCUCGCAAGGGCUGGCAAAUGGUCACAUGUUUUUUUGCGGUGACGUCACAGGGGAACAUAGACCAAUGAUUUAGCUCUAUCUUGUUUGUUUGACAAGACACAGCUAUAAUGUUCCCAGCUGGUGUUGCUACGUACUUUUGAAAGUCUUGUCUUGUUCUGAGGGCCUUGUUUGUUAAUGCUUGAUCCCUCGAUGAGAUUUAUGAAUGUGACUUCGGAAAUACCUGAAAUUCUUCCAACAAGCCACAUGGCAAUUUUUUUUUGCGCUAACCUGUAAGCAAAAUGAGAUGUUAUGUAAAACUGGUGAAUGCAACUCAAUCACAUCAACCAGAGAAC